GGACACCUCAGACGGACGGCGGCCAGGGAUCCGCCGCGUCCGAGGCGAGGCUGCGACGUGCGCCCAGCCCGCCAUGGCCCGGCUGCUGCGGGCGUCCUGCCUCCUGUCCCUGCUCCUGGCUGGCUUCGUCCCCCCGGGCCGGGGCCAAGAGAAGUCCAAGACAGACUGCCAUGGCGGCGUGAGCGGCACCAUCUACGAGUACGGUGCCCUCACCAUCGACGGGGAGGAGUACAUCCCCUUUAAGCAGUACGCUGGCAAAUACGUCCUCUUUGUCAACGUGGCCACCUACUGAGGCCUGACAGGCCAGUACGUGGAACUGAAUGCACUACAAGAAGAGCUUGCACCAUUCGGUCUGGUCAUCCUGGGCUUCCCCUGCAACCAAUUUGGAAAACAGGAACCAGGAGAGAACUCGGAGAUCCUACCCGCCCUCAAGUAUGUCCGGCCAGGCGGGGGCUUCGUCCCCAAUUUCCAGCUCUUUGAGAAAGGCGAUGUGAAUGGGGACAAAGAGCAGAAGGUCUACACUUUCCUGAAGAACUCCUGCCCUCCCACCUCGGAGCUGCUGGGCUCACCUAGCCGCCUCUUCUGGGAACCCAUGAAGAUGCAUGAUGUCCGCUGGAACUUCGAGAAGUUCCUGGUGGGGCCAGAUGGCGUGCCCAUCAUGCGCUGGUACCACCGGGCCACAAUCAGCAAUGUCAAGAUGGACAUCCUGGCUUACAUGAGGCGGCAGGCAGCCAUGGGGGCCAAGGGCAAGUAGCUGAUGGCCGCCCCACCCCUCGUCCACUGUGCAGGGACUGGGGAGAGACUGUUCAGGAAGGAAUCCAGGAAUCCAUGUUUCUCAUCACACUGCUCAUCACCACAGACCCGUUUCCUAUUACACAAGGCCCCAGCCUGACACAGAUGUGUGCAAACCAUUGUGUGUGUGUGUGGUACUGUGCAUGUGAGUGCACACGUGCCUGCAGGUGUGUGUGACCGGGUGUGUAUGCACGGUGCACGCCAAGUGUCUAUCUGGGUGGACACCUGGGAUGCUGCUUGUGUUGUGUAGAGAGCUGGAGAUACUCCUUUCUCUCCAGUUCUUCCGCCCAUGACAACAAAUCGCUUUCAGCUAAGUUCAAAGGAAAAGUGGCUGUUGGUCCGAUUCUCCCGCUCUGACCUGGACCUCAGCUCUGAGGCCAUCACCUCCCGCUGCCUCCAAAUACCACCACUCCAGAAGUUUCUGGGUCUACUACACUUCCCAGCGUGCCUCCUCCUUCCUGAAGGCCCUCCCAGGUCCCCGCCCCCUCACCCCCCACCUCCCUACACUCCCUGAGAUCCGCCAAGGCAGCUGUGAGACUAAGGGCCGCCUAGCCUGUGUCAGGGGUGGCAUCUCCAUGAGGGAGGGGCCCGAAGCCCUUGUGGGCGGACCUCCCCUGAGCCUGCCGGAGAGGCCCGGCCCUUCGUGCAUUCAGGCCGAGCCCCUGGCAGAGAUGCCGCCCCUGCUCCUCAGGACGUGCCCUUUCCCUUCAGCCUGGCCUGCUGGCGUCACUCACACCCCAUCUGCCCAGUAAAGGCCUUUCUGCAGCA